AGAAGGACACAAGGAAGCUUUGUGAGAACUCAGUUCACAAUGUUAUCUCUGACAGUUAUGGUACUUUAAGAGUUUCCUUUCUUUUUUUCUUUUCUUAUUUCUGUUCCUUUCCCUUUGAGAGUUGAAAUUGAAGUCAAGUUGUUCAUAAAGAAUGUAUGAAGCUUCUCAACUUGAAACAGACCAUCAUGCAGACAUCAGAGACUGGGUCGGACACAGGUUCGACUGUGACUUUACAGACAUCUGUGGCUAGUCAAGCAGCAGUGCCUACACAAGUGGUACAGCAAGUACCAGUACAACAACAGGUACAGCAGGUACAGACUGUGCAGCAAGUACAACAUGUCUAUCCAGCUCAGGUGCAGUAUGUGGAAGGAAGCGAUACUGUCUAUACCAACGGAGCAAUCCGAACAACAACUUAUCCUUACACAGAAACACAGAUGUACAGCCAAAACACUGGAGGGAAUUACUUUGAUACUCAAGGGAGUUCCGCACAGGUGACAACCGUGGUUUCCUCCCAUAGUAUGGUGGGCACUGGUGGAAUUCAGAUGGGCGUCACAGGGGGACAAAUCAUCAGCAACUCUGGAGGAGCCUAUCUGAUCGGCAAUUCCAUGGAGAAUUCUGGGCAUUCAGUGACACACACAACUCGGGCCUCCCCAGCGACAAUUGAAAUGGCGAUUGAGACGCUGCAAAAGUCUGACGGUCUGUCCACUCACAGAAGCUCUCUUCUCAACAGCCAUCUCCAGUGGCUAUUGGACAAUUAUGAGACAGCAGAAGGAGUGAGCCUUCCCAGAAGCACUCUGUACAACCACUACCUUCGACACUGUCAGGAACACAAACUGGACCCAGUCAAUGCUGCCUCUUUUGGAAAACUAAUAAGGUCAAUUUUUAUGGGGCUACGAACCAGGAGAUUAGGCACUAGAGGAAACUCCAAAUACCACUACUAUGGGAUUCGCGUGAAGCCAGAUUCCCCUCUUAAUCGUCCAGAAGAUAUGCAGUAUAUGGCUAUGAGACAGCAACCCAUGCAACAGAAACAAAGGUACAAGCCUAUGCAGAAAGUGGAUGGGGUUGCAGAUGGUUUCACGGGAAGUGGUCCGCAGACAGGCACAUCAGUUGAGCAAACUGUAAUUGCCCAAAGUCAACAUCAUCAACAGUUUUUAGAUGCAUCUCGAGCACUUCCAGAGUUUGGAGAAGUUGAAAUCUCUUCUCUGCCAGAUGGUACUACCUUUGAGGAUAUCAAGUCACUGCAGAGUCUUUAUCGCGAGCACUGUGAGGCAAUAUUGGACGUUGUUGUGAAUCUUCAAUUUAGCCUGAUAGAAAAAUUGUGGCAAACAUUCUGGCGCUAUUCUCCCUCUACUCCAACUGACGGCACUACCAUUACUGAAUCAAGCAAUCUGAGUGAAAUAGAAAGUCGACUUCCGAAAGCAAAGCUGAUAACUCUGUGCAAACAUGAGUCUAUCCUGAAAUGGAUGUGUAACUGUGACCAUGGGAUGUACCAGGCUUUGGUGGAGAUUCUCAUCCCCGACGUCCUUAGACCUAUUCCUAGUGCCUUGACCCAAGCCAUUCGAAAUUUUGCAAAAAGCCUUGAAGGUUGGCUUUCCAAUGCCAUGAACAAUAUUCCACAGAGAAUGAUACAAACCAAGGUUGCUGCUGUAAGUGCCUUUGCCCAGACUCUGCGAAGAUAUACAUCACUCAAUCACCUGGCCCAGGCGGCUCGAGCAGUGCUUCAGAACACUUCUCAGAUCAACCAGAUGCUCAAUGACCUCAACCGUGUUGACUUUGCCAAUGUCCAGGAGCAGGCUUCCUGGGUGUGCCAGUGUGAUGACAACAUGGUUCAGAGACUAGAAACAGAUUUCAAAAUGACCCUUCAGCAGCAGAGCACGCUGGAGCAGUGGGCUGCAUGGCUGGACAACGUAAUGAUGCAAGCACUGAAACCCUAUGAAGGAAGACCCAGUUUUCCUAAAGCUGCCAGACAGUUUCUGCUAAAAUGGUCUUUUUACAGCUCAAUGGUUAUUCGGGACUUAACUUUGCGUAGUGCUGCUAGCUUUGGUUCCUUCCACCUGAUCCGUCUGCUGUAUGAUGAGUAUAUGUUCUACUUAGUAGAACAUCGUGUUGCUCAAGCAACAGGAGAGACACCAAUAGCAGUCAUGGGAGAGUUUGGUGAUUUAAAUGCAGUGUCUCCUAGCAAUCUGGAUAAAGAUGAAGGCAGUGAAGUAGAAAGUGAAAUGGAUGAAGAACUGGAUGACUCUUCGGAGCCUCAAGCCAAAAGAGAGAAAACAGAGCUGAGCCAGGCAUUCCCGGUGGGCUGUAUGCAGCCUGUCCUUGAGAGCGGUGUGCAACCAAGCCUCCUGAACCCAAUCCACAGUGAGCACAUCGUCACAAGUACUCAGACUAUCAGACAGUGCAGUGCUACAGGAAACACCUACACUGCAGUCUAAAGAAUAUUAAAGCAUAUUUUUCCAGCUUACAUUAACCCUGUUGAUAUUGGGCUUACAUUGAAAAUUUAAUAAGCCUGAAGGUCGACUGUUGUCAAAUUUUAUCUGUGCUGAACAUUACCUUUUUGGAGUUGUGAAAUGGAAUGGAUAUGUAUUUUGCCAGGUCUUUU